AUGGCCAUUCCUCGCGCGCGGCAAGAAGUCCCGCCUCCGCUGCCGCCGCCGCGCUACAUUGGCGAGGAGCUGCGUGAGAGCGGUGUGGAUCCGGGUUGGACUUGGGGCAACAGCACAAACUACUCGACGGAUACGGGCUUCAAGGGAAAUCGAUACGCCGCCAUCAAACCGGGCUCGAGUCUGCUGAGUGGAGCAGCCGGCCCUCAGCCCUCGCACGAGCACUCGGCAGAACACCCUUUUGGUUCUGCAAGGGAGUCGCCUAGCGACAGGUCUUUUGACGACGCAGACAGCCUGGAGCAGAGCGACGAAGACUACGGCGGGAAACCUCGGCAGAGACCCUCGAACCACAGGUUCACUAGCGAGCGACAACUGGGACAAGGACUUCUUGAGACGUCGUCUCACGCGUACGACAAGCAGCUCCUCUCAAAGAUUGGCGGUCCCAAUACACCCACGAGGACGGCCGCGCCACCGCUCCCAGCCACCUCUCAAGAUUCCGUGCCAAGCACGCACACAUCCUUCAACAAGCUCAACGGGCAAUUGAAGCCUCUCUCAGUGCCCGAUCGCCUACAACAGCCUUCGCUCGACUCGCCCGUGUCCCGGUGGCUGCCCUCUGGUGCUGUAUCGCCUGGCUUUUCCGGUUUCCGCAGUCCCGUGUUCGAUGCUGGCUCCGCGGACGCACAUCAGCGGAGAUUCGGCAGCAUAUCCACACCUGGGCUAGAUGACAACAGCUCAGUCCAUCGCGGCAGCUACGACCACAGCAUGUUCACGGAUUCCGAAUUCGGCGUGGAGGAGAGCGGCAUGCGGGAUCUGAAUAUCAACGACCGCAGCCCCGCAGGGUCCGACGAAUACCACCAGGGACCAAAAGGCGGUCUAAAGCGACGUGCUUCGUCCCCUCCCUCGGAAGCUGCGCGUGAGGAUCGGCCUACGGCUGGUGGCAACACCGACCUGUAUCACCGCCGUUCUGCGCAGAUGCUCGUCAGCCGCAAUGCGCCGCCGCCCACGAAUACGGCACGUUAUCCGACUCUCCACGGGUCACAAAAUCAAGGGUCGCUGUCCUCUGUGUCAAGUCUCAGUCAACGCACGGCGUCUUUCGCUUCUUCCUUUGGGUUCUCUGCAGCCAGUAGUUUGACCAGUUAUAGCGGGGAUCAACGUCUCUCGCCUAGCGCGCUGUCCCCCUCGGCGGAUGUGGACUUAGGCCCCGUCUCGCCAUAUGCAGCUAACAGGUCACUAAACCCUAGCCCGCGUGGUUCGUUAUCGAGACCGCACCACCAGCGAGGUCUCUCCGAAAACGAACAUCCCCAGAUACACAGCGUGCGGAAGAUGUCCACGGACAGCAUUCUUCAGUCGCGACAAAACUCAAUUGUUGGCCGUCUCGGGUCGUAUAUUUGCGAAUGCUGCCCGAAAAAGCCGAAGAAGUUUGAAAGCGAAGAGGAGCUCCGCGUCCACGAGCUCGAGAAGCAGUACACGUGCCAGUUCUGCCCCAAUCGCUUCAAGAACAAAAACGAGGCCGAGCGACACCAGAAUUCGCUCCACUUGCGACGUCAUUCAUGGUCGUGCGCAGCGCUUGCAGGCGUUCAAGCAGCUUUCCACCCGUCUCCGACUCAUUCUGGCGUCGCCGAUGUCUGUGGGUAUUGCGGUGAAGAAUUCCCGUUGCCACCAAAUUGGGACGCCCGCACAGAGCACCUGAAUCACGUGCACAAGUUCGGAGAAUGCAACCAGGCCAAGAAAUUUUUCCGGGCCGAUCACUUUCGACAACACCUGAAGCAUAGCCAUGCUGGGACAAGUGGGAAAUGGACCAACAUGCUGGAGAACGCGUGCAUGAAGGACGAGCCCCCGCCAAAAGAGCGUGUUGGCUCCAUUGGCUCCAUUGUGGGGCCGUCUUCUACCCCACUCGCAACCAAACCAGGCACUAUUAACGAAGUACACGAAGAAUCAUAA